AUGCAGAAAGACACUUCGCAGCCACCCCUAUCUGCGCCCUUGGCCUCAAACACCCCCCUGAGUGCAGGCCAGCAGGCCAGCGUGUCAGGAGGCCCUAGCAAGAGCGAGGCUGGGCGCGGCGCCUGCCAGAAGAAGCCCAGCAUAUCCAAGGUGAUCCUGGGGGUCGUGGCGGACAAGGGGGUGUACAACCGCAUAUCCCUGGCCGCCCUGAAGAAGGCUGUCGCCAACGGGGGCUACAACAUGACCCGCAACGCCUGGCGCUUCAAGCGAGUGCUCAAGGGGCUGGUGGACAAGGGCAUGGUCAAGCAGGUGACCGGCAAGGGGGCCUCAGGCUCCUUCUGCAUGGGCAAGAAGAACGCCUCCGAGUUCAAGCUCAAGGUCAAGAGACAGUGGCAGCGGCGGCCGCAGUUGGGGCAGCGCCGGCCUGCGCAGCGCAGGUGGUUACUGGGCUCCAAACAGGGGCACAAGCGGCGCAUCAAGGGUGUUCGCAGGGUGGCCAGAUGCCGCCGCCAUUAA